AUGGCUAUGGAAAAUAAUCAAUCACAUGAUAGUAAAAAUGAACCUUCAUUGGAAUAUGAAAGAACUGAAGAAUCAGUUCAAAUCCCCGAAACUUCAUUAAAUGAUCCAACGAAUUGGUCGAUAAAGAAAAAACAGUUCAUAGUAUUCAUUAUCUCAGCGGCUGGUACAAUCUCCCCUAUUUCUGGCACAAUUUUUUUUCCGGCAAUUAUCGAAAUUGGCGUUGAUUUGAAUACUUCUCAAGUUCUUGCCAAUGCUAUAAGCAACAUAGUAUGUGCUGUGUCGAAAAAUAUUUGGCAGUUAUUAGUUAUGCGUUCGUUUCAAGCUUUUGGCGGAUCUGCAGUUCUAAGUAUUGGUGCUGGAACUAUAAGUGAUAUAUUCAUUCCUACGGAACGUGGACGCGCUUUUGGAUGGUUCUACUUGGGACCUUUAGUGGGACCUGUUAUUGGUCCAGCUAUGGGCGGUUAUAUAACUCAAUACCUUGGAUGGAGAUUUAUCUUUUUGUUUCUGUCAUUAUAUGGAGGUGUCAUUUUAAUCCUCAUCUACUUAGCACUUCCUGAAACUUUUCGUCCCACCCAGUUGUCACUUACUACAAUACCACCUCCUAAAAAGCGGUUUAAUCCACUCUUAUCGCUUGCUUUACUUCGUUAUCCAAAUUUAUCAUUACCAAUAUUUUACAUAAGUAUGAUUUUUGCAGUGAUAUAUGUCCAAAAUACCCUUGUUCCAAUAACUUUUUCAACAAAAUUUAAUCUGUCACCAUCAUAUGUCGGACUUGUGCUUCUUUCACCUGGUAUUGGAUACUUUUUAGGAAGUGUAAUAUCUGGAAGUUAUUCGGAUUCCCUAUUGGCUAAAAGUAGAGAAAAAUACGGUAAUAUUUGUCCAGAAAUAAGAAUAAACAGUAUUUGGCUUGGAUCAGUGUUAGUUCCAGUUUCACUUUUAGCUUAUGGAUGGUUUAUUGUGAAAAAUGUUCAUAUUGCUUUACCUAUAUUAUCUAUGUUUUUUUUCGGAUUUGGUACAUUGAUAGUAUUUAAUGGAACAUCAACAUACUUAAUCGAUGCUUUUCCCGGCCGAAGCGCUUCAGCUAUAGCAGUAAACAAUUGUUUCAGAUCUAUAGCAGCCUCAAUAACGUCUCUCGUUUCGAUACCGCUUCAAAACGCUUUGAGUACCGGUUUAUUAUAUACCCUUUUGACAGUUUUUAUUAUAUUGAGCACUUCCUGCAUGGUAAUCGUAUAUUUUAAGGGGAAAAAGUGGAGAGAACGUUUUCAAGAUUAA